UCUCUCUUCACAACUAACUCACUUGUGACGAUACAUUUGUACUUGUUGGUCACAACCAAUAAGUACGAAAACAAACGCAUUUCCCUGUGCUUCCUUUCCUGGCUGGUGAUUUUUCAAAAAAUGUAGAGACGAGCUUUUAUUUAUUCUCUUAUGUCAAAUUAUUGUGCUCGUGUGUCGUGAUGUGCCCUUGGUGAAUCCUCCAUCGAAUUUUUUCAAAGCUUCAGCUGGCUGAUUGUUAAAUAUCAGAUUGUUUUGAUCGCGUCGUGGCUGUAUAGUUGCAAUUUUCAUUUGGCACGUAGGAAAUAUAUCUCUCUGUGACUUGUGAGAUAUUUAAGGACAACCGGAUUGAGCAAGACUCGAGUGAUUUCAGUGGAUGAUGAGUUCGAACAACGUUAAGGCAUUGUUUGCAUGCUCCAGGUGUUUCUCAAGGCAUCCUUUCGAGGAAUUGUCGCCGGGACAGCAACUCUGCAAGGAAUGUCGCGGCUCAUUUCCAGUUGUCAAGUGCACGUACUGUCGGUCAGAGUUUCAACAGGCAAUAAAGGGAAAUACGUGUACGAUAUGUAAAAAAUGCGAGCAGAACGUCAAAGCUUAUGGGAAACCAUCAGCUUGCGAGUACUGCAACACUAUUGCUGCAUUUAUCGGUAGCAAAUGUCAGCGUUGUACAAAUUCGGAGAAACGAUAUGGCCCGCCUGUCACAUGCGAACAGUGCAAGCAAAAGUGUGCCUUUGAUCGACAGGACGAGGAUAAAAAGGUUGAUGGAAAAUUGCUCUGCUGGCUUUGCACACUGUCUUACAAGCGUGCCCUGGCGAAGACGAAACAGUCGGAUGCUGACAGAAGGGCUCACUUGAAAAUGGCUCACGAACGAGCCGCUAAACACAAAGAACAGAAAUUGAAAGGGCACAACAAGAGACCCCAUAGAAUCGAUGUGACCAAGCUACCCCCUCAGCCAGAUCCAGCCGAGGUGACUUGUCCUGCGCCAAUGAAAGUUGCUCGAAUGGUCGGAGUUCAUGAUCCUCAUGAUCCCAAUAGCUCCGAUCACGUUGUUGCUGUGACUCAGCUCAAGGAGAAAAUAGCCCAUCUCCAGAAGCAAUUGUCACAGAAGGAUAGUCAACUAUUAACCAAGGAUAGACAUAUAACAGAAUUGAAGGCGAAGAAUUUUACUGCAGAGACAGAGCUCCGUAAUAAAAUGAAAGUAACGGAGAAGGAGUAUGAGGCUAAAGUGUCCGGGUUGCAGCAGAAGAUCUCGGGAUUGCUGAAGGAAGUUGCAACAUUAUCGAAAAGUAAUAAACGCGGGGACAGACUUGCUGCCACGAAGAGUGAGGCUGGAACCAAUAGUGGGAGUGGAACAGACAGUCCUAUACCUUGAUGCGGGUUACUGACUAGCUGUGACGAGACGUUGCAUAUUCAAUGUCAAUACUCGAAUUCACAUGAUCCACCAAAUAUAUAUAGAAAAUGCUCUCCAUUCAAAUUACUGUCUAUUCCAUUAUUUUUCUUAUUACGAGUGAGUAAUACGACUGAACCUCAUACGUUUAACAUGAAAAAUUGUAUCUUAAAUUUUCGAUUGUUGUGAAAUUUCAAUAGGUUCUCUAGUUACUUUUUUAUUCAUUCAAUAUCAACGACAGAAUGACUCGAGGUAAAAGAAAUUGGAUGGUAGUAAAUGGUGAUGAUGCUGCUGAUAAGAGUAGGAUUGAUGAAAAGUGAAACGAACAAAAAGGUCUUCUUCUUAUUGAAUUGACAGUGAUCCCAAAUAAAUGAAAGAUUUAUCUUCGAUUGUAUCAAUGUUUGUAGCUGAGUAUCAAUACUAUUGUAAUUGGGAAUUUCCAGUAAUUCAUAUUUUAUGAAU